GGCCCCAGAUUGAACUCGCACUGAUUACUGGAAUCACGGCUCACACACAUAUAUAGCAUGCACCCCAAGUUUCUUCCCAAGAAGCAAGCUAUUCCCUAUGUCAUGGUUGCUUAAGCCAGCCUUACAUAUUACAAGCUUUUGCCCUCGCAUAAGUUGAACAUAUAUAGGGAUUGCAUGCUAGGUAGUAGAAGCAUCAGGCUGUGAGACUCACAAACUCACAGCUGCAAUGACUUCUUUCAAGCUGAGGCUAAGACAUUUGUGUUUCACAGUUGUGCUGUCAUCCAUUGCCAUCUCUUGCUGCAGAGGACAAGGAGGAGGAGGAGGCGGUGGUGCGGGAGGAGCAGCAGGUGGUGCUGUUGUGCCAGGAACACAGGAUGCCAUCCAGAUUGUGUCACAGGCUGCUCUCUGCUUUGACAAUAGACAGGUGAUGAACGGGUGCCUCCAAGCAAUGGGCAUCAACGUCAACGGCAAUGGUAACAGCAACAGCAACAGUAACGGUAAUGGCAACGGGGCUACCAGCACGGCGGCGUCGCCAGCGCCGGCGCCGGCCCCGGAUACAUCAGCGGCGGGGGCGGGCGCGAACAACGGGUCGACGGCGAGCAUGUGCCAGGGGCCGUGCUUCGGGCAGAUGAUGCUGAUGAUGAACUGCGUGAACGGCAUCCUGGGCAACAUCCAGGGAUACAGCCCCGGCCUCAUGCAGGGCGUCCAGGCCAUCUUCCAGAUGUCCUGCGGAAACGGCCAGGGCGGCGGCGGUGCUGGUGGAGCUGGCGGCGGAGGUGCCGCCGGCGGGGGUGCUGGUGGAGCUGGCGGCGGAGGUGCCGCCGGCGGGGGUGCUGGUGGAGCUAGCGGCGGAGGUGCCGCCGGCGGCGGUGCUGGUGGAGCUGGUGGCGGAGGUGCUGGCGGUGCUGGUGGCGGUGGCAGUACCACCGGCAGUGCUGUUGCUACGAAUGUUGCUCCUAACGGAGGCUCACACAUGGCGGUGAACAAUCUAGGUGAGCCAACCAGCAGCGCGGAUGGGCCCACGGCCAGCCUCAGGAGCGGCUUUCUUCCCUCCAUGCUAAUAAUUUGGACUUAUAUUUGGCCACUACUGUUCUAGCGUGAUAAAAGUAAUUAUUGAUGAGAACGUUGCACCAAGUUGUGAUUCGUUUCUUUUCCGGAUAGCAUAGCAAUUUUCAUUUUACCAUGCAUGAAUGAAGAUUUUAUGUAAAGCCAUCAAGUGAUUCCUGUAUGUGGAUGAGUAAUUUGUUAUAAUUGGCUAUGGUUGUUUCAGCUUUUAA